GAGAAGAAGAGCCGUUUCCGGUGUGAGGUGUUGACGUUGAGCUAGCAGCAUGCUAGCUGUGCUGACGGGUUUGGGUUGUAGAAACGGUGAACUAAUCUUCAGGCAGAGAGUCUGAACCUUUAAUUUUUGUUUUUUCAAGAGAAAACGGUGAAACAAAGUAUGGUUCCUCCUGCUGGUGUGGAUCAGAAGGUUCUGCAGUAUGAAGCCUUCAUUAACGACGUCCUGAGGAGAGAUCUGCAGAAGGUGCUGGAGCAGAGGGACCAGGUCUAUGAGAAGAUCUCUCAGUACCUGCAGCUGAAGAACACCAUCCAGAGUCUGCAGGAGGCGGGCUCUCAGCAGCUAAAGGCCGACGUGGACCUCGGCUGUAACUUCUUCGUUCAGGCACACGUCAACGACUCGUCUAGGGUCUUCGUGGCGGUCGGGUUCGGGUUCUUCGUUGAGAUGACCCACGAUGAGGCGCUGCGAUUCAUCGACAAGAAGACGACUCAGCUGACAGUCUUCACUGAGCAGCUCACCAAAGACUCCGCCAAAAUAAAAGCCCAUAUCCGCAUGGUGCUGGAGGGUCUGCGGGAGCUGCAGGGGCUGAGUGACCUCCCAGAGAGCCAGAGACGAGAUGUUUUCUAGGCUUUCCACAUGAUGGACAUCUGCAGCGGUUCCUGCAGAAAAUGACAUGUACGGCUGCUGCUGCUGCUGCUGCUGCUGCUGCUCAGGUCUGAUCUGAGGAAGAGGAGGAGGAGGAGGAGGAAGGAGCCUCCUCAUUAGGAGAGCAAGUAUCCUGACCACUUAGCGGGACCGACUUCUCCUCAGGAAGGACACCAUGAUGCUACCUGUGACAUCCACUUCCUGUUGGUGGUGCUCCAGAGGAACUCCUCCACAUCAGAGACUUUUCAAAAUAAAGAGACUGGAGGGUUUUCUCUGUUAGAAAGGCAGUUUGCUGACGAACGUCUGCGAUCCGGAGAAGCAGCUGAAACAACGAUGUGAACAUCCUGAACUGUUUCUCACGGUUCCUAAUUUCUUUUAGUUUUUGUCUUUUCUGUCUGUUUUUUUCUAUUCUUGUUUUCCUUUUAUUGUAAGUUGAAUAAAGAAUCUGAGAAUAU